GUUUCCUGGUUUAGCAAGAAGCAGAAUUCAAUCUCAACGAGUACAGCAGAAGCUGAAUACAUUGCAGCUGGGAGUUGCUGUGCUCAGCUACUCUUUUUUUUUUGGAUAAAAUGUAAAUGUAUUAUAUCCAGAAAAUAGCAUAUACAAAUGCAUCACAAAAAAUCUAAACUAGUCUAAAACUAACUAUAAUAGUAACCCCGGCACAAAAUCCAAAAUAAACUCCAUAACUGGCACGAGACAUAUUCCCCGGCUCAGCGAUCAAAACAGUUCAAAAUUCCCAGAAUUUCUUAAGUCCCAAAACCCAUCAAAAAUAGCCCAGCAGCAGCCCACCAAACUUUUACCACACCCAGACUUCACUUGUUCCGAGCAACAGUUCGGCUAGGCCUGGGUGCUGCAUUUGGGCCCGAAGUAGCUUUAGUCAGCGGCCCAUCCGCGCAUAACCCGGCCAGAUAUUAGGGCAACGGCCCAAAAACCCUCAGCCCUCCAUCGCUACCUUGUUGCGCCGCUUCCUUGAAUUCGAAUUUGAAUUUCAAAAUAAAGAACAAAGUCAACACUGACAGUCUGGUCGCCUGGCAUGUGGCCAUCUGUCCAUCAGUCAGUAAGCCCCCCCCCCUUUCCCGAACCACCCCACCUAGCACCGGCAUCCACCAGGUUUUCCGGUGGCCGGAAAAGAGUACGAAUAAACCAGUCGGAUAGAACCCCUGUUGACCCGAACCUCCACCUACCACCACCCACCCCCGUCGAGCCCCGGCGACCCUCGGCGGCAAAGAUGAGAUGACGACACGGUGGCGCAUCAACAAUAGCCGGAAAACAAAAGAAUGUAGCUACAGGCGGUAUUGUUUCCCGGCAAGCCGGUCAUCUUCUCCGGCGAACCCUGUCCACUUUCAAGCAUGAUAUUAUCCAAACACAAAUCCAAUCCGGUAGAACCCAAACUAAUUGGCAUUAGGUUCGCACCACACCCACCAGUCGUUCUCACCAGUAACGCACUCCCAGACCAUCUCUCCGGUUGUCUUCUCCGGCAAGAAAACCCAUGCUCUUCUAAUCUUUGGUAUCCACCCAGUCUAUCCGUCACCAAGCACCCCCUUUAUCGGCCCCAGCCAGUAUCUUCUCCGGACCCUGCCCCUGUACGUGCCUCCCUCCACACGCAUGAGCCACUGGCCGGUCCUUCAACGGUGGCUGGUGCUUCCAAGAGUAAAGUUCAGGCUUCUUCCAGACGAGCCAUCUCCCAAGAUAGAAAGCAGAAGAAAACACAAACCUUCGAACCGGAAUCCAUGCCAAAGCCUCCACCGUCCAUCUCAAGGGCUAUCUCCGGUGACCCUUCCAACCUUUAAACCAGUGGUCAAAACACCUUUACAACAUCCCCAGGCCUUCAUCUUCCCCAGACUCGUCAUUGUACGUGCCACCCCCACACGCAACGACCCCGGCCGUCCAGGUCAUCAGCAAUGGUCGGUCAGUCCAGGAGUUCAACCCCAUUGUUGAAGUUGUUAGAACCUCCAUCGGAACCCCCUCAACUUCUAGCAGUAGCUCAUCUAUGGAAGAACUCAGCACAACCAAACCCAAGAACUCAAUGUUCUUAAACAACAGCGAUACCACCUUCCAUCACCAGAAUUCCUCCGGCGAACUAUCCACGCAUCUACCUCCGGGCAAAGAACCUUUUCGUCACCGGACCAUUACCUUCCCCAAUCCUCGUCACUGUACAUGCACCCCCAACACGCAAUGACCCCGGCCGGUUUAUCAGUGAUGACCGGUGCUAUUAGAACUUCACCCCGAGGUAUAAGGUGUUUGGCCGCCAUCGGAAAUAGCCGGCCACUUCCGGCAGAACCUCAACCUUCCAAGAACUGAAAUUUUCCAAAAAUACUAAGUUGUUGCCAAGAAUUAGCCUACCGGAGCCGUGAGGGCUCCGGCGGCGCACCACCGUGGGCGGUGGCGCCGGUAACCGGACGGGGAAGAGAGAGCAACCUAGGAUCGAAUUCCUAGUGAGAGACGCUCUCAACUCUCUCUAUCUUGUGCUCAGC